GCCCAUCUUAAGACCUGAACCUGAAUAUACGUACCUCCAUUUCUCACCUGUUCACAUAGCCAUCCCUUUUCAAUGUCAUCCAUCUUAACCGAGCGCAGCGGGAAAGUCGGUAUCAUUCGUCUUAACAGGCCAAAGGCCCUGAACGCCCUGUCACUCGCUUUGGUAGAGGAGCUUGUGGAGGCAUUGCGGGGAUUUGAUAAAGAUUCAGACGUGGGUGCGAUCAUCCUGACCGGAAGUGAUACUGUUUUCUGUGCUGGAGCGGACAUCAAGGAACAAAAGGAGUUAAGCUUCGUCCAGGCGUAUAGCGCGGAUUACCUGAAAAACUUGAAUGAUGGACUGUCCUCAAUACACAAGCCAGUGAUCGGUGUCAUAAAUGGCUACGCAUUAGGGGGAGGAUGUGAACUAGCCAUGAUGUGUGACAUCCUGUAUGCAGGAGAUAAAGCGAAAUUUGGACAGCCAGAAAUCAAACUAGGAACCAUACCAGGAGCUGGGGGAACGCAACGUCUGAUUAGGGCCAUUGGAAAAUCGAAGGCAAUGCAUAUGAUUUUAACUGGGGAAAUGAUUGAUGCAAGUGAGGCCGAAGUGGCAGGGCUUGUGGCCAAGGUUCUUCCCGCAGACCAGGUGUUGGGUUUUUCCAUCGAAAGAGCGCAAAAAAUAGCAGGGUUCUCAUUCCCUGUGGUGGCUAUGGCCAAAGAGGCUGUGAACGAAGCGGAAGAAUUAAACCUUCAGACUGGCCUCCACUUCGAACGUCGACUUUACCAUGCAUCCUUCGCCCUCAAGGACCACGAAGAGGGCUUUGGAGCUUUCCUCGGUAAACGGGAUCCGCAGUGGAUUAACCAAUAAAGAAGAAAGAGGGCCCUUGAUAGAUAUUUUACAUAUCAGAAUCCUACAUGAAGUGUUAUAAACGUCGAUUAAGAGGAUCACUGCUCCGCUACCCACCGAUUGACUCAUUUUU